GGAUACAGGAGGAAGAUUGUCGUGAUCCGUUGCCACUUCCGGCUCUUUUCAGUUUUCAGCCCCACCACCACCACCAUCAACACCACCACCACCACCAAUGCGUCCACCGUGACCACCACCAAAUCCGUCUCGUAUAAAUUCCACAGCUGGACUUGGAUUCUCCCUGCGUAUCCGGAUCACAUACAAGAAAAGCAAAGUCAGCGCCCCCACCUUUCUCCUGUUCUACCUUCGGUCCAUUGCGCUUUAGCUCAUCCCGUUCCAUGGACGACAACGACUGGGAUCUGUACGCCGUGGUGAGGGGCUGCUCUGCGGCAGCGGUGGCGGCUGCGUCGGAUCCCCUCUCUUCGUUGCCUCCUCCUCUUCCUGUGGUGAAAGACGAGAGUUUGGGAGGAGGAAAGGACGAGGCUUUGGGCUUUCCCGAUCUCAUGGGCACGUCGACGUCCCCUUACGAGCUGGAGGAGCUCUGCCAGCCCUUCUACAUCAAAACCCAUCUGCAACCGCUGCAGCAGCGGCAGCUCCAGCCACUGCUCGUUCCGAAACCGAGCUACCGCCCUUCCUGCGCCCCGGCCACCUCGGUGUUCCCCGCUUUAGCCGUCGUUCCGCAUCAGUUGCAGCAGCAACCGCGGCAGCCUCAACGUCCGGUCUCCCAAACACCCCGUUCUAAGAGAAGGAAGAACCAGCAGAAGAAGGUGGUGUGCCAAGUACCAGCCGAUGGAGCCUCGUCUGAUAUGUGGGCUUGGCGGAAGUACGGACAGAAACCCAUAAAGGGCUCCCCUUAUCCAAGAGGUUACUACAGGUGCAGCAGCUCCAAAGGAUGCCAAGCCCGGAAGCAGGUAGAGCGGAAUCGGGAGGACCCAGGGAUUUUGGUCAUCACAUACACGGCGGAGCACAACCACCCCGUCCCCACCCACCGCAAUUCUCUCUCCGGCAGCACUCGUCAGAAGUUUCCGCCCGCCGGCUCCUCCGCGCAGCCGCCGCCCGCCUCCGGAUGCGAGGGAGACGGAGAGCAGCUGAAGUCGCCCGGCAGCCACGUGCCAUCGAGCCCUCUUCCAUCUUCGGCCGCGGCACAACGUCCUUCGCCCACAACAGCGCUUACGGACUCGGUCGAGAGCAAGGAUGAUGAGGAAGACGAGGAUGAGGACGAGGACGAGGAGGAGCUGUUGACGGUGGGAGACAUGGAGAUGAUGGGCGCGGACGACUUGAUCUUCCUUGGCAUGGAGGUUAUAGAUGGCUCGACCAACACCGCUGGGACCACCAAAUCCCCGGCAAUGGUGUCCGUCGGCUCCGCCUCCUUCGAGGAGGAUGGCGGCUUCGAGGAGCAUUUCUUCCGUUCACCUUGGGUGGCUAACGACAAUGCGGCGGCGGCGGCUGGUGGCAGCUGACUGCCGACGGCUCUUCUUGCUGCAGCUAUAUACAGUGCUUAAUCGUCUUUUUGGUUCCUAUUUGGUUCGGAUUUUUUGUUCCCUCUUAUUUCCUGUAGAAAUGAUCUCUGUACAUUUUUGCAUGUCUUCUUCUACGGCACAAGUCUG